AUGGCCAAGUUUAAGAUGAAAGUCUGCCAGCUUCGGCAGCUUUUUGUUUUGUUUCUUCAUUUGUCAAGUGUUUUAAGUUUCAGUGAGUUGUCCUUCAUCACGGAGCCCAGUGAUGUAACUGUUCUACCAAAGGACCCCGCGGUCUUGGACUGUCAGGCUCAUGGGCAGCCUCCAGUCCACAUCAAAUGGCUAAAAAAUGGAGUUCGCUUGGCAGAAAGUGAGCACAUACAGUUUCUGCCGAAUGGCUCCUUGUACAUACCAAAUAUAAAACAUACCAAGGAGAAUUCAGAUGAAGGAUUCUACCAGUGCCUCUCGCAAAACAAAUAUGGAGCUAUCCUAAGCCAAAGAUCACGUCUGACUAUCGCAAGUAUCUCAGAGUUUGUGGUGCAUCCUGUGCCUAUGGUGGUGACUGAGAGCUCAGUGGCACGAUUCUCCUGUGCAGUCACCUCCAGUCCUCCUGCAACCAUCACCUGGGAGCUCAACCAAAGCACAUUACCCCUACAGACAGACAGAAUUACAGUUUUACCCAACGGAGUUCUUCAGAUCCACAAUGUACAACUGGAAGAUGCUGGAGAGUAUCGAUGUGUUGCAACUAACAUCGGUAGCCGUUUGAAGAGUGAAGAGGCCACACUGACAGUCAACCAAGGUGUGGACCCCAAACCUCUUCAGAGGCCCAGAAUCAUAGCCGGACCUCAGAACAUCACAGUUUCCCUCCACCAAACUGUGGUGCUAGAGUGUGUAGCCACAGGAAGCCCUUGGCCCAUCAUCUCCUGGAGCCGCGCUGACAGUAAACCCAUUGAUGUGUACAAUGCCAAAGUGUUGGGCAAUGGGAACCUGGUUAUUACUGAUGUCAAUUCCAAACACAGUGGAGUCUACCUCUGCAGGGCCACCACCCCUGGAACCCGCAACUACACGAUUGCUGCUGCCAACCUCACGGUUCUAGUGCCACCAUCCAUUGUCGAGAGGCCCGAGAGCCAGACCCGUCCAAGGGCCGGCACUGCCCGUUUUAUGUGCCAAGCAGAGGGAAUGCCUCCACCUCGCAUUAGCUGGCUCAAGAAUGGAGAAGAGGUUCAUUUAAAUGGUCGGAUUAAGAUGUACAACAGUAAAUUGGUGAUUACCCAGAUCAUCCCUGAGGAUGAUGCCAUCUAUCAGUGCAUUGCUGAGAAUGAGCAGGGUUCUGUGCUGUCUCUGGCUCGCCUUAUUGUUGUCAUGUCAGAGGACAGGCCCAGUGCACCAAGAAAUGUUCACGCAGAGACCAUCUCAAGCUCUGCCAUCUUACUGGCCUGGGAGAGACCCCUCUACAAUGCAGACAAAGUCAUUGCCUACUCCAUCCAUUAUAUGAAAGCUGAAGGUCUAAACAAUGAGGAAUACCAAGUUGUUAUUGGCAACGACACGACCAGUUAUAUCAUUGAUGACCUCGAGCCAGCUCGAAACUACAGCUUUUACAUUGUGGCUUAUAUGCCAAUGGGAGCCAGUCGUAUGUCCGACCAAGUCAGUCAACAUACCCUGGAGGAUGUGCCUCUGCGUACUCCAGAACUAAGUCUGACCAGUCAAAGCUCAACAGAUAUCCAGGUGAGCUGGCAGCCGCUGCCUGCCAAGUUAAGCCGUGGUCGGUUGUCUGCAUACAGACUUUCCUAUCGUACAGCUGCAGACAACACAGUCAUCUCUGUGGAGAUACCUCAGAACAGCACUGAAUAUCUCCUGGAGGGCCUGCAGCCUGACACCAUCUACCUGCUCCGCAUGGCUGCAGCGACACGCGUGGGAUGGUGUGAGCCUUCAGCGUGGACAUCCCACCGUACACCUAAGAUUACCAGCAGCAAAGUGCCUUCAGCCCCUAUUCUUCAACUUGAACCGCUUAACUGCACCUCCAUUGUAGCACGCUGGCAAACCUCCCCAGAAUCUGUGCCUGCCCAGAGUUACCGGCUGUGUUACCACGAGGAAAGCCAACCAGAGCAGCCCGUCAUCCAGCUGCAGGCUCAAACCUACACCUACACCAUCAGUGGCCUUGAUCCAAGGAGAAAGUAUCAUGUCAAGAUCUUAGCUGUCAGUCAAGAAGGAGAUGGCUAUCAGGCAGACCAAACAAUUAGUACUCCUGGAUGUGUGUCGGCCAGAGACCAACCAGCAGCAACCCCUCCACCUCCAGAUCAUGUGACUGCCUUGGCCACUAAUUCAUCUGCGGUGUCCCUGCGUUGGAGCAGACCUGCCUUCACCUCAGGAAAGACUGUCAGCUAUACUGUCCGCUGUACACCUGUGGGCACACACAACGCCUCCGCUAUACGCUACAUACAAACUACCAAACAGAGCGUGGUUGUUCCGAAUUUGGAUUCAAACACUCGCUAUGAGUUUGUGGUGCGUCUUCAUGUGGACCAGAUGUCGAGUCCCUGGAGUUCUGUUGUUUACCAUCGGACCCCACUAGCAGCGCCCAGCCAACCACCUGCAGGAGUGCGAGUAACUCUGAUUGAGGACGACACUGCAUUGGUGUCCUGGAGGGAGCCCACAGAGCCAAAUAUGGUGAUCACACACUAUACCAUCUUGUACGCUUCCCACAAAUCGUGGAUGGCUGGACACUGGCAAAUAAUACAGAGAGAGGGGAGCCAUACGAUGGCCCUGCUGGAGAAGCUGGAGGCGGGAAAUGUCUACCUGGUGAAGAUUUCUGCCUCCAACCAGGCCGGGGACGGACCUUUCUCUAACAUUGUAGAACUGGCACUAAAACGAGGAACCGUUCACCGCAGCAAGAAUCCCAGACACUCUGGCAGCUUUCAUGACACAACAGUGUUCUCUGAUGGUCUCUACCACAUAGACCAGAGGUCCAUGACAGGGAUCAUUGUUGGUGUGUGCAUCGCCUUGGCCUGUAUUGUUAUGUGUGCUUUAAUCCUCAUCAGCAAGGGUAGACCAAGAAAAUCUUCCAGUCACAAAGUCAUUGCUGUGGCAACUGGUGAAGGCCCACAUGCUGGUUUGACCCUCCCCAGUGAACUGCAUGCAGAGAAUGCUGAGGCCCUGUUACCCAUGAUAAGUGCUCACUUUCUAGAUGCCGAGGGUGGAUCUAAUGUGGUCAUAAAUACUGCCGGUCCACUCAACAGCAAGAAUCAAAGCAAGAAGUGGCUGCUCUUCAGGAGGGAAAUCAACAAUCAAACUGAAAGUGAUGUUGAGAGGAGGGCUAGUUUGUAUGAGCCUGGCAAAACUGUUCUGAGGUAUGAUGAGCAUUUAGGCUCACCACCCCUGCCACCUUCGUCCCGCGAGAUCAUCUAUGGACCGUUUCACUCGGAGAGCUCUCACACCAGUGAGGGCAGCCAGGAGACUGGAGACUCUGGACACUACUCCAACGAAGAAAGCAACGAAGAGAUGAGCAAUCCUUCGACCAGCCGAAGCUCCAGACCUGAAUCUUUCGGGACGGACGACGGCGCUGCUGAUGCUGAGCUGAAACAGUCUUUCAAAGUGGAAAAUGAGGAGAAUCUUUGCCUCCGUCACUCCGCCCCUGAUGCCAGCUGCCUCUGCUGCAGCUCGGAUGGCUCUCAUCCUUCCCAGCACUUGUCCCAAGCAGCCGGCUCCUGA